AUGCAAAUCUUUGUAAAGAGCUUGACUGGCAAAACCAUCACCUUCACAGUUGAACCAACUGACUCUGUUGAAUGUAUAAAACGAAAGAUUCAAAAUAAGGAGAGAGGAAUUCCUUUAAACCAGCAACGUCUAAUAUUCUCUGGCAAACAACUUGAAGACAGUCACGCGCUUUCUGAUUAUAAUAUUCAAAAGGAGUCAACUCUUCAUCUCUCAUUAAGCCUCUUAGGUGGCAUGCGAGUACUAGCUAAUACUCCACUUACGAGUCGCAGCGCGAGUAGUCUUGAUGAAGUGACUCUAAAAUUAGAAAAAAGAUUGAUAUCUGAAAAUGCUAGAUCAACAGAUGAAAUAUGCAUGUCUAUCGGACAGAAGCUUGAUAACGAUCAUAGUUACCGUGAUGGUGUCUUGGAGUUAGCUGAUAAUUUAGAUCGCGUGUCGAUUGGUAGUUUAAUGGAACAUAACAUAAUCAAUAAGUUAUUGAAUUCAUUUUCUGAAAAUGACAAGAUAUCAACGUUCUAUGAUGAAAUAAUUAAGCCCUUCGUUGAAAGUGAAGUUGAUUGGAAUAAGUCCUCAUUUGGAAAAUUGAUCCAACAACUAUUAAGAGAAUUAGAUGAUGCACUUAAAUAUUAUCGUUAUUACACGCUUAAUCCGGAUCAACUAUUCAGUGUGCUUUCUAGCCGCUUCAAUAUAAAGUUUAUUGCAAUGGACAAUCCUAGUCAAACGAUAAGAAGUAAUGUUGGACCAUGUGAGCGAUUUAGAGACAUCUCACGAAGGUUAGCUCGACAGAUCAAUAGAACCACAAUGUCUCGAGAUCACCUGAGUGCUCGUCGUCGUCAUAUUCCCACAGAAUCUUUAGAACCAGAAACUUCUCGUCGUCAUAUUGUACCUUCAGCAAUACAACAGGGCUUCUCUACUUUGGAAGAGCUCUUUGCUGAUGAACCUGAGACUUUUACAAAUGAGCCAAGUAAUAAGAAGCGCAGAGUACAUCAGAGUUCUUCUACAAGUUCUGAUACUCAGGAGAUCGAGGGUAGCACAUCACGAAAUGAGAGGGGAGAAUCUUCUGGAACAUCUCGUCGUCAUGGAAUACCUUUGGUUCAACAUAGUUUUUUGGAAGAAUUGUUUGAAGAUGAACCAGAUUUAUUUGGAGAUAUACAAGAAUAUAUGAUAGGACGCAGGUCUCAACAAGUUGGUGAGGGAUCAACUAAUCAAGGAGAAGCAAGCACAUCAACACGAAAUACAAGAGAAGAUGUAGUAACCAGUGAUAAAAAUGGGACUGACGGUGAGGGUGAAUCAGAAGGCUCAUUCGAAAUUGGUCGUCGUUUAGAUAAUUCAACAGAAGUCACUUUAGGUGGUAGGAGUAAUAAUGAUGGAUCUGAUGAUGAUUUAGAAGAUGAACAAGAAAAUGAUGGAUUGGAAGAAAGCGAGCUGGAUGAAAGUGAAUCGGAAGUCGGAUAUUUUGAACGAGCACGUGAACCUGUAGGAAACCAAGUGUCAAAUGGUUCAUCAUCAUCACUGUCGCAAAGUCAAAAUUCAGGUGAGGUCGAAGAUGAAUUAUUUGAUGAUGAUGAACAACAUGAUCUUUUCGACCCACCAAAUGAUGAUGACAAUGAAUCCUAUGAAGAAUCAGAUGAUGAAAUUGAUUGGCAUCUAGAGUUCUAUGUUGAUGACCUGCGUAUAAAUUUUGAUUCUACAUUAUUUGAGGUCAUUUAUCGGCAUUUGUCACGAACCAAUGUCGAGCAAUCCAAAGAAAAAUUUUGGAAUAACGAUGAUGAAUAUAUAAUUAAAUUUAAAAAAGUGGUAUCUGCUCUUCCACCAUUCCCAGAUCAUUAUGUUCCUACUAAAUUAGGGACUGGAAACGAUGCUUAUGUGGAGCUUGUCACGAGAUUUAUGGCAAUUCUCCAUUCUACUUACGCAGAUGCUGUUUCAGUUGAUAAAUAUGAUCCUAGUCCGUUCGUGUCACAAGAGCUAGAAACACAUAUUGAUAUCGUUGUAAACCCGGUUUCUAUUUUGACGCGAGUUUUUCCUGACGCGUUUCUCAAAAUUUGUUCUGAAGUCCCGUUCUUACUUAACCCAAUGAAGCGUCAUGAAUUCUUCAUCGGUAAGACCUUUGGUUUACUUUAUCCCGAAAGGUUUGGAAUAGACAUUAAUAAUGCUCGUAAGGUGUUAAAUUUGAUUCGUCAAGUUCUUCCUGGACCUAUGCAGGCGACACCAUCUAUAUCUAUGGACAAUUUGUUUGGGUGGGUUCGUCAACAUUUUGAAAAAUAUGCAGUUACAGGGUCAAGACUCAGUGUUCAAUUCGAAGGAGUUGGGGGGAUUGGAGAUGGUGUGGCCCGUGAAUUUUUUUCUAAAUUAUCACUUGAAUUUUCACAAAUUUGCCGGAAAAUGUGGGUUCAUGACGUAAAAUACAAAAAGCCAUACAAACAAAAUGACCCUAUUGAUAAUGAUAAUGGAUUAUAUCCAGCUUUAAUGGAUGAAAUUGAUGAAAAAAUGGAUGGAGAAUCGAAAGAAGGAAUUGAAACACUUCUUGGUCAAUAUGUUGCAAAAGUUAUAUACGAUGAUCGAAUGAUUAUAUUAAGAUUGAACAGGACUUUCAUCGAUAUUUUGUUACAUCCAGAACAUUUGUUACGAAAAUUUCCACAGGGAAUCGAUCUAAGUGAGGAAGACUGCUUGAAAGUCGUUGAGCUGAUUGAGUCUGUCUAUCCAUCAUUUGGAUCUAACCUACGGAAGAUACUUAAUAAUAUUGACCUUGACGAAAAAGAUUGUAUUCCAUACGACGUUAUGACUGGUCGUACGACGUCGGUAGUUGGACCCGACGGAAAAAAGAGAGAGCAGCCAUAUAGCAUUAAUCAUGGUGACGAUUCGGAUGAGUGGGCCAAAGCCUUUAAAGAAGGAUUUAACCGGGUAUUUCCUAUUGAAGUCAUGCAGGAAUAUACUUCGACAGAGUUCGCAUUAUAUUUUCUGCAUCAAGGAGGUGAUGGCGAUUGGAGUAUAGAAACACUACGGCAGUAUGUCCAACCAUAUGAUGCUAAUACCAACAAUGAAGAAGUCGAAAAAGUAAUCCAGAUAAUGGCAGAAUAUGAUACAGACAACCGAAAGAGAUUUUUACGUUUUGCAACAGGAAGCUCGAAACUUCCAAUUGGAGGGUUUGAAGCCUUGAAUCUAAAAGUAUUUAGAGAUUCUGGCUUGGAUGAACGUGCGUUGCCUAAGGCUCGUACGUGUUUCAAUAGGCUUAUUAUUCCACCGAAUAAUUCGAAAGAGGAAUUAAUUAGAAAAUUGGAAUUUGCAUUUGCAAAUUGUCCUGAUAUUGAUCGAGGCUAA